CCGCGGAUCUCACCGGAAGUCUGUUUGUGUUCCUUGGACGCCAGAGCAGCAGCAGAUUGUUCCAUCAUAAUAUAGUUGAACAGUAUUAUUAAAUCGAUUUAAGAGACUUCCCCAAAGCCCACGGGAGCCCCAGAGAGCAGGCGGGACAGCAGCCAGAUGGUGAGGCGGAGCUAGGACCCCGCGACCCUCCAGAGUACUGGGGCUCGGCGCUCCGCGGGGCGGGACGACAUGGAGCCUUCAUCGGCCAAGGCGAAGCCGCAGGGUCGGCUGCUGGUGUCCACCUCCCUGGACGCCAAGGACGAGCUGGAGGAGAAGUUGGAGAGAUGUGUUGGAAUCGUCCAGUCGCUGACCAACGGGCUGUCGGAGAGAGAAGCCAACGACGCGCUCACCGCUAACGUGUGUAAAGGCCAGCAGCAGCAUGAGGACGUGUGUCUGGGCCUCUUCUGUCUGGUCCUCACCGACCCCAGCCAGGCCCAGAGGAGCUACAGGGACCUGACCCUGCUCAGCAGAGAUGGGAUGAACGGUGUCCUGGUGAAGAUCAACCAGAUCCUCAUGGAGAAGUUCCUCAAGCUGCAGGACGUGUCCCGGACGCAGCUGGUGUGGCUGGUCAGAGAGCUGGUGAAGAGCGGAGUGAUGGGGGCCGACGGGGUCCUGAUGACCCUGAUGAAACAGAUCGCAGGUGGGGAUAUGUCCAGUAAGAACCUGUGGUUGGCUGAGAAUGUUCUCGACGUCCUGCUUGACCAGAAGGAGUGGCUGGUGAAGAGUGCGAUGCUGGUUGCCAUGGCGGUGUACACCUACCUGCGUCUGAUGGUGGACCAUGGGACCACCGCCCUGCUGGUGCUGAGGCAGAAGGAGGUGGACUUCUGCAUCUCCAUGCUGAGAGAGAGGUUUAUGGACUGUGCUGUGAUUGGACGAGACCUGGUGCGCCUACUGCAGAACGUGGCUCGGAUUCCUGAGAUGGAACUACUCUGGAAGGAUCUACUGCACAACCCAGCGGCCCUCAGCCCCCAGUUCACUGGUCUGCUCCAGCUCCUUACUGCUCGGACGUCCCGCAAGUUCCUGGCCUGCCGUCUGACUCCUGACAUGGAGACCAAACUACUGUUCAUGACCUCCAGGGUGCGGUUCGGGCAGCAGAAGCGCUACCAGGAGUGGUUCCAGAGGCAGUAUCUGUCCACGGCGGAGAGCCAGUCCCUCCGCUGCGACCUGAUUCGCUACAUCUGUGGCGUGGUCCAUCCCUCCAACGAGGUCCUGAGCUCUGACAUCCUGCCGCGCUGGGCCAUCAUUGGCUGGCUGCUCACCACCUGCACGUCAAACGUUGCGGCCUCCAACGCUAAGCUGGCUCUCUUCUAUGAUUGGCUGUUCUUCAGUCCUGAGAAGGACAGCAUCAUGAACAUAGAGCCUGCUAUCCUGGUGAUGCAUCACUCUAUGAAGCCUCACCCGGCCAUCACCGCCACUCUGCUGGACUUCAUGUGCAGGAUCAUUCCUCAUUUCUUCCCCCCCCUGGAGUCCCAGGUGCGUCAGGGCGUCUUCAACUCCCUGACCUUCAUCAUGGAGAAGAGAGUCCUCGCCAGCAGCCAUGACAGACGCACAAAUACCCUGAACCACCUGGCUCCGCUGUUUGAUAAUCCCAAGCUGGAUCGUGAGCUGCGCUCCAUGCUGAGGGAACGUUUCCCCGAGUUCUGCACCUCCCCCUCGCCCCCCACCGAGGUGAAGAUGGAGGAGUCCGUAACCAUGGAGAUGGACAACAACGUCCUGGACAAGGAGGAGGGUUGCUACGACGCCACCGAGGCAGCCUUCAGCGACGACGAGGAGGAGGUGAACAACAAAGGGAAGAAGCAGCGGGAGUUCCGCUUCCAGCCAAUCAAAGAAGAGAUCAUCGAGGAGCCGGCGGACAUCACGCCCUUCCAGGACCAGCUGGAGGACGUGAUGAAGGACAAGGUCCUGCAGCUCCAGAAAGCUAGCGAUGCAGAGAACCAGUGCGAGGUGAUGCAGGACAUCGUAGACCUCAUCCUGGAGGACGACUUUGACCCUGAGCAGAUGUCCACUCUGGCCUCCUGCCUGGCUGAGCUGUUCAAAGGUCACUUCAGAGGAGACGUCCUACCAGACGAGAUCACCGAGGAGUCUCUGGAGGAGUCGGUGUGUAAGCCGGUGUGCCUGGUGUUCAGGAACCUGUGCACCAUGCAGGAGGACAACAGCGGCUUCUCGGUCCUGUUGGACAUGCUGGCCGAGCUGUACCAGAAGCAGCCCAAGAUCGGCUACCACCUGCUGUACUACCUCAAGGCUAGUAAGGCAGCGAUGGGGAAGAUGAGUCUGUACGAGUCGUUCGCCCAGGCCACGGCGCUGGGGGACCUCCACACCUGCCUCAUGAUGGACAUGAAGGCCUGCCAGGAGGACGACGUGAGGCUGCUCUGCUACCUCACGCCCUCCAUCUACUCCCAGUUUCCAGAUGAGACCCUGCGUAGUGGAGAGUUGCUUAAUAUGAUUGUUGCCGUUAUCGACUCAACACAGCUCCAGGAGUUGAUGUGUCACGUGAUGAUGGGGAAUCUUGUCAUGUUCAGGAAGGACUCUGUACUCAACAUCCUCAUUCAGUCUCUGGACUGGGAGACGUUCGAACAGUACAGCACCUGGCAGCUGUUCCUGGCUCACAGCAUCGCCAUGGAAACAAUCAUCCCCAUCCUGCACCAUCUCAAGUAUAAAGAACACCCGGAGGCUCUGUCCUGUCUGCUGCUUCAACUGAGGAGAGAAAAGCCCAGCGAGGACAUGGUGAAGAUGGUCCUGAGUCGGCCCUGUAACCAUGACGACCAGUUCACCACCAGCAUCCUGAGGCACUGGGCGGCCAAGCAGGACGACGCCCUGGGAGAGCACAUCAAGACCCAGCUGAUCAAGAACAACAACCAGCCCCGCAAACGACAGAGUCUGCGUAGCUCCAGCAGUAAGCUUGCUCAGCUGACCCUGGAACAGAUCCUGGAACAUCUGGACAACCUGAGACUGAGCCUGACGCACACCAAGAACAGCUUCUUCAGUCAGACUCCCAUCCUCCAAGCCCUCCAACACGUCCAGGCCAGCUGUGAUGAGGCCCACAAGAUGAGGUACAGCGACCUGUUCUCAUUGGCUGAGGAGUACGAGGACUUCCAGUCGAAGCCUCUGAAGUCCCGCCGUAAGGCUCCGGCCUCUUCGCCGCGCUCCCGCAAGGGGGCGGCGCCCCCGGCAACCGAGGAGGACAGCGUGUCCAGCAGCGCCUCGGAGGAGGAAGAUUCGAAGCCGAAGGCGCCCAAGAGGAAGAGGAAGUGCUCGUCCGCUGUGGGCUCCGACAGCGACUGAACCAAUCACAGAGCAGCGCCAUGUGGCGAGGGCCUGUCAAACCAAGUCGGGAUGGGGG